UAAAUUCUCCAUCGACUGUGAAGUCUGUGAAGUCUACAAGUCAUAAAAAUGCUAGACUCGCUGACGCUUCUAUUUGAGAAAUUCUUUCUUUUCUCAAACUUUAAUAUUUUUACAAGUCUAUGGCAGGAGGAGCCAGAGCGUGCGGUGAAAUGGCCAGUGCUCAGGAGAGGAGAUCUUCUGGAGGUGCAGCGCACUCUCUUCAUUCAUUACGGCAUCUAUCUGGGCGACAACAGGGUGGCGCACCUGAUGCCUGACAUCAUGCCAGCAUUAACCAACAACAAACAGCUCAUCAAACCAGUCGUCACUAACAAAAGACUCAUAUUAGGCUGUAUUUACAGAAACGCGAGUAUCCGCGUGGACUCGGUUGAAGAUUUCGCGUAUGGAGCUCAGAUUAUGGUCAAUGAUAUGGAUAUGAAAAUGAAGUGUCAAGCACUGGUGAGCGAAGAAGUCGCGAGGAGAGCAGAGAAACUGCUCGGCGACAUUCCGUACAGUUUAUUAUGGAAUAACUGUGAACAUUUCGUGACAUAUUGCAGGUACGGGACACCUGUGAGCCAGCAGACAGAGAAGUUCUGUGACUGUCUGAAAACCAUCAUUCGGGACCAGAGAAGUGUGGCCUUAACUGUUGGAAUAGGAGUGAUGUACAUCCUGUGCGUUGGCCUGGCACCUUCAACUACAUUACCCACAAUCCUUAUUCCCUUCAUUCUGUGGAUGGCUGGCUGAGAGACACUUUCACUACAGCACAUUAAACAACAAAGCUCAGUUUUAAAGGGGACAAGUACAAAACAAUGCAAUCCAUUCGUGCAGCAGUGGAAUAUGUGUAAACAUGCAAAGUCUGAUUAUGUAGUCAAACAAUGUUUAAGCAUCAAUUGCUUUUUUUCUUCGAUAUAUGUUAAAAGAUGAGCUCUUUCAUUUAAAUAAUUCAUGACAUGCUGUUAACUCUGCAUAUACAGCAAUGCUGUAUAUUUUUCAUCUUAAACCAUAUACCUAAAAUUGGUAAAUCCCAAUAUUGUUGUAUAGCUUAAAGUUACAGAUUGCAUGUACUGUUCACUAAAGGUGCCUUAUAUUUGUAUUAAGCAGAAAUGUUUAUGAUCACUGAUAUGGAAUUUAACUGAUAUGAUCCAUUUUAAUGUACUAUGGACUGUGAUUUAAGACAUAACAUAUAUAAGUAGUCCUACUUGUAUUUUUUUAUUGUUUUUAUUAAGCUCUGACGAUGCUUGAUUGUGAAUUUGUACAGUUUAAAAUGUAUAUUUAAUACCAUAAGUUUCUGAAUGAGAACCAGAACAGGAAUAAUUAUGCA